AUGGAGAACACAGACCGACCGGCGACGACGCGGCCGCGCAUGACGAUGCAUGUGCCCAUGACCGUGCCACUGCAGGUCACGCCCAUGGCCGCGUACCUCCAGAUGCCAUGGAUGGGGCCCGACGACCCGUCGUUACACGCCAAGCACAUGAAGCGCCGACGCAACGACGCCAUCGGCCUCCCAUACAUGGCGCCGUUUGACGGCGAGAGCAACAAGAAGCGCGCCAAGCCCGUCAAGCGGCCAACGGAAAUGAUCAAGCUCGAGCCCAAGCGACCAGGCGACGACUCGGCUGGCGCGACCGACUAUGUCGCCUGGGUCAAGUUUAUAUUGCAGCCGCCAGCAAUGUGGUACCGCGAUCAGAAGGGCCGGCAGACGACCUUUGCGAUCCAAGUCGGCCUGACGCAGGGCGUGCCGGACGCAUACGUUCCGCUCGAGAGCAAGGGCUACUUUACGGUCAAGCUGCUCUACGAGAACGGCACCGAAGUCCGCGACCAGCGCAUCUUGGACUUGAAGGAAGGCGCCUUUCCUGAAGCGAACGCCACGUCGACGACCAUGAAGCUCCGCAUCAACGACAUCUCGAGUCGCCACCAAAACCAGAAAUUCCGCGUCCAAGUGUCGUACGUCUCGCCUGUCCCGAUGCGCGUCUGUCCCGCCCUCUCGAACGCAACCCAAGUCCUCUCCAAGCAAGUCAAACGAAGUGCCCCGCCACCGCGACGACUCGUGCACGCAGACGACGUCGAGAUGGCGUCGGAAGAAGUCUCGCGCGCCUCCAACGACAGCGAGGCCACGGUCGCCUUCUCGAGCGCGUCACCGUCGCCCGCCGCGUCACCACUCAAGACUGCCCACGUCGAGCGAGCCGAGACGCCGAUGGACGUUGUGCACCACUUUCGCGCGGCCAAGCCAACGGCCGUGGUGCAGUGGGCCGCCACCGCCCACGGCAUUCUGUCUCAAGUGCAGUGGACCCGCGUUGCCGCCAGCGUGUACGAGUGCCCCGUGUGCAAGGUGCGUCACGACGGCCCACGGCAUCUCGCAGAGCACAGCACCGACUGCCUCCUCCGCAUGCUCAUGCAGUACCCUGCCAUCUUUCCUUCGCCGCCGUCGCCCACAGAGAGGAGCCCGGGCCUUGUGCGCCCAACGCCGUUUCGCGCCGAUGCGGUGGUUGUCGCGGCGCCCUUGGAGCUCAAUUGCUUGUCUGUCUCGGCAUUUCACGCGUCCGAGUCGCAUCUGCUCAAGAGCCUCAGCCGCGUUUCGGUCUCGGACCACGAGCACGACUUUGGCUCGCUCUCGUCGUCGCAGCUCGAGCACUUUUGCCCGCCGCCGCUCGCCGACUCGACGCACAUGCUGUCGCAGUUUACGGACGCGCCGCUCACGAGUUUCGUCGAAGAGUCGAUUCUCGCAGUCGGCCUCAAGGCGGUCGGGAAGCGCCACGCAGCCUUCGACCGGACGUGGUCUCUCGUUGGGUUCUACCACGUGGUCGGUUGA